AUGAUUCUUCCGCCUUUGUUGAAGAAAACAGAGCUUGAAGUCGAUGAUCGUCGAGAUCAAAAUAUUCAAAUCGCCAAAGAACAACUUGCAGAGCUUGAAACAUCUUUCAGCAACAAGGAGAUGAAGGUUGAAGCCUACCAACAACGUCGUGAUGAGUUAGAGCAGUCACUUUACACCGACGUUGAAGGCAGCGCUAUGCGUAAAAAAAGUGAAUAUGCGAAGCCCACUUUCAUUAGCGCGGCGCUUAUUGCUUUGCUUGUCCCUAUUGUGGGUGUCAGCAUGUAUGCAACUUUUGGCAAUAGCAAAGCGGCUGACCCUGAGGUUGCCAGAGUGGCGAGUAAAGUGCCGAUGACUGCGGAUGGUCGGCCUGAUGUCGAUGCAAUGGUGACAGGUUUACGUAAGAAACUAGAUGAUGAGCCAAACAAUCCCAAAGGUUGGUACAUGCUAGGGCGUUCUUACAUGGCGUUAAAACGCUACGAUGAUGCGGCGGAAGCGUAUAAAAAGCUCCUUGGCUUACAGCCAGAGGACGCUAAAGUCAUGCUCUUUCUAGCAGAUGCUGAAGCAAUGAAGAAUGGAGGCGAUAUCUCAGGUCAGCCUUCAGAGUUGAUUGAGAAGUCCUUAGCUAUUGAGCCUAAUAGUGUCACGGGUUUAUG